UUUUUUUCUUUUUGUUGGUCUCUCUCGACGAUUACGCACGCGGAAACCUUUUCUCGGUCCAGCAAAGAUUAAUUUAUCGUAGAAAAUAAUCAAAAUGCGAUGUGCGCUGAUGGGCAUUUUGCUUCAAUACAAGAAGGCCACCGUAAAAUGUUCUUGGAAAAUCGCUGGCUGCUAUUAUUCGACCGGCGCUUUGAAACCCGAAUUAACGUCGAUCAGGUACAAAACUCAACGUGGGCCCUAUGCUACGAUCACAGAUGCAGACAUUCGCUUUUUCGACUCGUUGCUGGGAUCUAGCCGCGUCAUCACUGAUCCGUAUGAAUGUGAAACUUACAAUAUCGAUUUUGCGAAAACCGUUAGAGGUGCAAGUCAGCUGGUGUUGAAACCGACAUCCACUAAGGAAGUAUCAGCAAUAUUAAAAUACUGCAAUGAGCAACAAUUAGCAGUUUGCCCGCAAAGCGGAAACACUGGUCUCGUGGGAGGUUCCAAUCCGGUAUUCGAUGAAAUUGUCAUUUCCAUGAAAUUAAUGAAUAAAAUUUUGGACACGAAUAAAUUGGCAGGUAUACUGACAUGCGAGGCUGGCUGUGUUUUACAAGAUCUCGAUGACCAUUUGUCUAAGGUUAAUCUAAUGAUGCCUUUGGACCUGGGUGCUAAAGGAAGCUGUCUUAUUGGUGGUUGUGUAUCGACAAAUGCGGGUGGAUUGCGACUUUUGCGUUAUGGCAAUCUGCAUGGAAAUGUCUUGGGAGUCGAAGCAGUGAAGGCUAACGGCGACAUUAUAAACGCAUUAAAUGUGUUAAAGAAGAAUAAUACAGGAUAUCAUCUGAAACAUAUGUUUAUAGGGUCAGAAGGAACUUUAGGCAUUGUAACCAAGGUGGCUAUUCAAUGUCCACCGUUGCCAAAGGCCAUAAACAUCGCAUUUCUAGGAUUAGCAAAUUUCGAUAAAGUGUUAAAAACAUAUUAUUUAGCGAAACGUCAUUUAGGAGAAAUUCUUUCUUCCUGUGAAAUGAUGGAUCGACUAUCUAUAGACGUUUCCAUAAAUAAUCUUGGCUUGAAAAAUCCAUUAACAAGUCGUAAGGAUGGCCACGAAUUUUAUAUGAUAGUUGAAACUGCAGGCAGUCAUGGUGUUCAUGAUGAAGAAAAGUUAUCCUCGUUUGUGGAAAAAGCUAUUAAUGAUGAUAUCAUUGAAGAUGGCACAAUGACUAAUGAAUCAAAAAAGCUAAACACUAUAUGGGCACUUCGAGAACGAAUUAGCGAAGGCGUCUUACGAGACGGUUAUGUUUUCAAAUACGAUAUCUCCCUACCUCUUUCAUCUUUUUAUGAAGUCGUCGAGGUGCUUCGCAAACAAAUACGCGAUCCGAGGAUUGUCAGGAUUAGCGGUUAUGGACAUUUAGGCGAUGGAAACAUCCAUGUACAAGUUUCUAUACCAGAAUACUACGAGGAUGUGGCCGCGCAAUUGGAACCAUUUAUUUUUGAAUAUGUUUCAAAGUGUAACGGGAGCAUUAGUGCUGAACAUGGCAUCGGUUUUAAGAAGCCUAAAUACCUUCAUUUGAGUCGAAGUUCUUCCGAGAUUCGAAUGAUGUAUGAUUUAAAGAAAAUGAUGGAUCCGAAUGGCAUUCUGAAUCCAUACAAGGUGUUGAAACCAAUUGUAGAGAAGUCAUGAUCAUUGUUUUAUGUGCCAUUUGAAUGAAAUCAUAGGAGAUUAAGUAUAGUAUAUGCAAUUAUCCAAAUAAUCUUCAUGGAAUGUUUAUAAAAAUGUUGAAGUAUCAUAUUAUGUGCCAUUAUAAUAGUAUUUAGCUUAACAUGGAUGCUGGCUUCACAUACAAGAUUCUUUGAGCCAAUAAGAGUAGAUAAAACAUCUUAAACGGAUUAACGCUUUAUUCGAAUUAGAUACAUAAAUAAUUGGUAAUAGUUACGAAAAAUAUCAGAACAUAUGUCUUUAUAGAAUGUUUUAAUUUUGAAAUGUAUAUAUAAAUACGUACCUGAUGUAUGUAAAGAAGAGACUGUGAGUGCUUUCCAGUUGUGUUAUACUUGCUGGAAAGCACUAUGUAACAAUACGUUAAGUAGAAGUAAAAGAUAAUCAACAGAGAUUUGAAUGCUAAAGAAAUAUGAAAAUACCUCUUGUUACAUACACAAGCAUACUUG